AUGGAUGGUCUUUCGGGGGCAGCAAGCGUUGCCUCUAUCGUUGACAUAGCUGCUAAAAUCGCCUCCCUCUGCUUCCAGUACUCAGUCGCCGUGAAGAAUGCAAAGAAGGAUGUUAACCGCCUUCAGAGAACAGUUACUGACAUUAAGGAUGUCCUCAAAAAGUCGAACAGCUCCUCUAGAGACACGGCAAACCACGGCUCUCAACUAUACACAAGUUAUCAUCAACAACUACAAGGGCUGGAAGCACAGCUAGAGCCUGAGAAGGCCCGCAAAGCAAUGCACCGUUUUGGUGUGCGAGCUUUAAAGUGGCCUUUCACAAAUAAGCAGGUCGAGAAGAUGUCUCCAGUCUUGAAAAAUAUGAGCAGACUUUCAGCCUCGCGCUUCACAUUGAUCAAAUGUAAGUGUUCCAAGCUUGACUUAGCGAAACUGCCUAUCGCCGAAGGAGCGUCCUUCGACGAGCACAUGGACGAGCACAACGCAAGGUGCCUCGCAAACACUAGAGUGGAGCUGCGGCGCAUGGCCGGCACUGGAAUGUCAACAAUUGCGCGGAGUGUUGCCCAGUCAUUUGCCGACCAACACCGACUAGGGGCCAGCUUUUUCUUCAAGAAAGGUGAGGGACAGCGCAGUAAUGCUUCAAGAUUCUUCACCACUAUCACUACAGAUCUGAUAGUCCGUGUACCAGGACUUAUCGUAGGCGUAAGAAAAGCACUCGACGCAGACCCAGCUAUUCCACAAAGGGCUCUAAAAGACCAAUUCGAGAAGUUAAUUCUCCACCCGCUCUUAGAAAUACAACAGGCUCCAUCACAAACCCUAGCGUGCAUUAUUGUCAUUGACGCACUAGACGAAUGUGAGCGAGAAGAUGACAUUCGAGCAAUUCUUCAGCUCCUUUCCCGAACUAAGGAUAUUAGGCCAGUGUCGUUAAAGGUUCUAGUGACAAGUAGGCCGGCCCUCCCGAUUCAUCUAGUUCUCCAAGAUGCCCCAGAGACAAUAAUCGAACACGAUAUGACCCUCUUCUUCAAAUAUGAACUCAGAGAGGUACGACGUCAGCGCUCGCUAUCGCCGGACUGGCCUAAUGAAGACCAAAUCCAGACCCUAGUCAAGCUAGCUAUCCCAUUAUUCAUCUUCGCUGCUACUGCCUGUCGAUAUAUUAGAGAUCCACGAGACAAUCCCAAAAAGCGCCUAGCAGCCGUACUUCAAUAUCAAUCGGCCACCCAUGUUUCCAACCUUGAUAGGACGUACCUCUUCAUCCUAAACCAGCUGUUUGAUGACGAAGAUAAAGCAGACAAACAAAGGCGCACAAGCGAGUUCCGAGAAAUAGUUGGGAGUAUUGUUCUUCUAAAGAGUCCGCUCUCUAUUGUCUCACUUGUACAACUCCUUGGAAGCCCGAAAGACGAUAUUAUCUGUCGGCUAGACUCCCUACACUCUGUUCUGAGCAUCCCUGUUAACGAGGAUACAUACAAAAGCCAUAUUCCGAGAUGGAUUAGAAGGAUAUCAAAGAUAGAUGACUGGGACGCUUGCCGCAGCACGCUCGAGGGCCAUACCAAUCCAGUCAGCGCCGUGGCCUUCUCGCCAGACGGCCAGCUAGUAGCGUCGGCAUCUGAAGACGGCACUGUACGGCUGUGGGAUGUAGCGACGGGGUCUUGCCGCAGCACGCUCGAGGGCCAUACCAAUUCGGUCAGCGCAGUGGCCUUCUCACCAGAUGGCCAGUUUAGCUCUUGCGUUGUUAACAAGCAAGAACAAUCAAAUUUCGCAACAAUCCUAACAUAA